GAACACCCCCAAACCCCGUAACCCUACCCCGUAUAAAACCCCAAGCUGCGCGCGAUAGGGCUCUUCCCCCUUCCGUCGCCGCCGAAAUCUCUGCUCCUGCUCCCCUCAAGUCCCCGUAGCUUACCCAGUGUUGCUCUUCCCGCACGGCGUCGGCGGCAGCCAUGGAGGAGGUGACGGAGGCGGUGAACAACCUUACCAUAGCGGAAGGAGCAGCGGCGACGGCGGGAGCGGAGGGGCACAAGAAGAAUCGCAUCCAGGUCUCCAACACCAAGAAGCCCCUCUUCUUCUACGUCAACCUCGCCAAGAGGUACAUGCAGCUUCACGAAGAGGUGGAGCUAUCGGCCCUCGGCAUGGCUAUUGCAACUGUGGUGACUGUUGCUGAAAUUCUAAAAAAUAACGGCCUAGCUGUCGAGAAGAAAAUAAUGACAUCUACUGUUGAUGUAAAAGAUGAUACAAGGAACCGCCCUAUCCAGAAGGCCAAGAUCGAAAUAUUGAUUGGCAAGACGGAGAAAUUCGAUGAACUGAUGGCUGCCGCUGCCGAAGAGAGGGAGGCAGCGGGUGCCGAGGAAGAGCAAAGCUGAACACUUGGAAGGUUCCUGUUGUAGCUUAAUUUUACUGUUCUUCUGCUCUUUGCUGUUUGCUAGUUUGUUGUGUCGACAAGAGACAAGUUCUUGCAUAAUCAAGUAAGGGCGCAGCUUAUUUAGUGCGCUUCUUUGUUGAUUUGUUAGGGUCACAUGGCAGCUUGUGAUAAUGGGAUUAUGAGUAUGAUAUACUCUUGGAUUUGUCCUUCA